AUGACUCGCAUAGGAACCGUAAUCGCUCUACUAGUCGCAGUAGCCACAGCAGCUCGACUCCCAUCCGACAAUCUGCUACGAACCCAACCUCAUCGUCAAGGGCAGUCCGAGGCAGCCCCUCUCUUGUCGGCUGCCAAUGCAAACAUAAUACCAAACUCAUAUAUCGUCGUGCUUAAGGAGGACGCUGAGCUGGACGACCACUUGUUAUGGUUUAACUCAUUCCUGACCGCUCAGUUAACUCGUGGCAUUGAAAUCAACUCGCUUAAGCAUGUCUACUCUAUCGACGAUGGAUCUUAUAAGGGUUACUCGGGUAUAUUCGAUGAGGAGCUCGUCGAGACUAUUCGAUCUUCUCCUGAGGUCAAGUUUGUAGAACGUGACCAAAUGGUAUAUGCUCUUGAUGUCGAACACAAUGCUCCAUGGGGCUUGGCUCGUAUCUCUCACAAGGCCCUAGCAUCUGAAGCCAUGGAUUAUCUCUAUGACCAUGCCGCUGGUGAAGGUGUCACUGCAUACAUUGUAGACACUGGUGUCAAUAUCAAACACGUUGAUUUUGGUGGUCGUGCCGUUUGGGGUGCUACCAUUCCUGAGGGUGAUCCUGAUGUCGAUGGAAAUGGUCACGGUACUCAUGUCGCUGGUACUGUCGCUGGUUCUAAAUAUGGAGUUGCGAAGAAGGCAAAGAUUGUUGCCGUCAAGGUAUUGCGAUCCAAUGGAUCUGGUUCAUUGUCUGACGUAAUCAAGGGUAUUGAAUGGGCCGUCUCUGCUCACAAGAAGGAAGUAGCUGCAAUGGAAGACUCUGAUGACUCAAAGGAUGAGCAAGUCAAACCCAAGAGCAAAUUCGGUAAAUUCCCUUACCCAGAAGAUCCCAAAGAUCCCAAAAAGCCCAAAGAACCCAAGGAGCCAAAGGAACCCAAAGAUCCCAAGGAUCCAAAGGAACCCAAAGAUCCCAAGAAGAAGGUCCGCUCUGUAGCCAACAUGUCAUUGGGUGGUGGUCGAUCUCGUGCCUUGGAUUUAGCUGUUGAUAAAGCUGUAGAAGGUGGUGUCUUGUUUGCUGUAGCUGCUGGUAACGAUGGGCAAGAUGCCUGCAACUACUCUCCAGCUGCAUCCAAGAAUGCUAUAACUGUCGGUGCUACUUCUUCCAAUGACUUUAUGGCCUACUUCUCCAACCACGGAUCCUGUGUUGAUGUCUUUGCUCCUGGUAAAGAUAUUGAAUCUGCAUGGAUUGGAUCCAACACUGCUACAAACACUAUUUCUGGUACCAGUAUGGCCUCACCGCAUGUUGCAGGAGUGGCAGCCUUGCUAUUGGGUGAAGCUAAAUACGCUGAAAUGGGUCCACGUGCAUUGAAGGAUGCUAUUAUAGAAAUCACUACUCGUGGUGUUGUCCAAGGACUACCCACUUGGACUGAAAACGAAAACCGAUUGCUGUAUAACGAUCCACCAACUGCUCUCUAA